GAAGUUCAUUGAAGUGGUCUUUUGAGGUAUGGUGUAGGUUGAGAAAUACGUGGACGCAGUGCAGUGGAAGGAAUAAGGGAGUUAUUUAUUGCAUCGAGGUUGUGUUUUUCCAGAAGAGACAGUUUCUAUUUCGCACUUAAAAAGUCGUUCUUCUACCGGCCACAAUGGUUGCGCAAAAGAAACAGAAAAAGGCAAUGGAGAGCAUAAACUCCCGCCUGGCUCUUGUCAUGAAGUCGGGAAAAUAUGUUCUUGGCCUGAAGCAAACUCUGAAAUCCCUGAGGCAGGGAAAGGCGAAGUUGGUAAUAAUUGCAAACAAUACACCACCAUUACGGAAAUCAGAAAUUGAAUACUAUGCCAUGUUGGCAAAGACUGGAGUUCAUCACUAUUCUGGUAAUAACAUUGAACUUGGAACAGCAUGUGGAAAAUAUUUCAGGGUUUGCACACUAUCCAUCACAGACCCAGGAGACUCGGAUAUCAUUCGUUCGAUGCCAACUGCUGAUGGACAGUAAUGUUAUAAUGCAAUUGUGUGUGAAUAAAGUUUUUAAUAUUUAAAGUUCUUAUAAA